UGAGGGGCACUCAGAAAAUUAUACCAAAAACAGAAUAAAGACUGUGACAUGGAAACUCUGGAAGAUGUGGUGAUCAUUGGUGCUGGAAUAGCUGGGCUGGCCACAGCCGUAGCUUUGAAGAGAGUUGGGAUUCGAUCUUUGAUCUUAGAGAAAUCAGAAACGCUUCGAUCCACUGGUGCAGCCUUAACCCUCACUCAAAAUGCUUGGCUCGCUCUUGAUACUCUUGGUGUUUCUCAUAAGCUUAAUUCCCUUUAUACUCCUUUCUUAAGGGUGUCUACAACGAAUUUGGCCACCGGAGCUGUUCGAGAGAUCUUAUUAAAAGAUCAUGGACCCAGAACAGUUCAUCGCAAAGCUCUAUUAGAGGCUCUAGCAGAAGAAUUGCCAGCUGAUUCAAUUCGAUUUUCUUCGGAGUUUACCUCUAUUGAACAGCACAAACUUGGAGAUGCUUCCAUUGCUGUACUUCAUUUGGAAGAUGGAACUACCAUCAAAUCAAAGGUUUUGAUAGGCUGUGAUGGGGUGCACUCGGUGGUGGCCAAAUGGCUUGGACUAUCUGCACCGGUUCAUUCAGGUAGAGCAGCAGUGCGUGGAUUGGCAGUGUUUCCACAAGGCCACGAGUUUACUAAAGAAGUAAAGCAAUUUGGGGAUGUUGGGAAAAGGGGUGGUUAUGUCCCUCUAAACGACAAAGAGUUAUACUGGUUCUUAUCUUGUCCUGAAGAAGAAAACAUGGCACGAGACCCACAACUAAUACAGAAAGAAGUGAUUGAGAAGUAUGCAUACAAUUUUCCCUCACAAUACUUAGACGUGGUCCGUCAUGAUGAUCUCUCAAAUCUGACGUGGGCUCCAUUGUUGUUGAGACAUCCAUGGAAUGUCAUAUAUGGAAAUCUAAGCAAAGGAAACAUCACAGUAGCAGGUGAUGCUAUGCACCCGAUGACACCUGAUCUAGCACAAGGUGCAUGUUCAGCUCUAGAGGAUGCAGUUGUAUUGGGUAGACACAUUGGGAAUUCUUUUAUAAAAAAUGGAAGGCUACUUGUUCCAGAGGAUAUGGCUCGAGCCUUAGAUGGGUAUGUGAAAGAAAGGAGGUGGCGAGCUGCUACACUCAUCACUGGGGCCUAUCUAUCAGGAUGGAUGCAACAAGGUGGUUAUCAAUGGUGGAAGAAAUUUUUAAGAAGCAUUUUCUAUGUAUUAAUCUUCCCUAUUCUCGCUAAUGUUGUUCGCUAUGAUUGUGGGACACUGCCAAGGGUCUCUGCCUCUGUUGAGUUGCAACAUUCAUCCAAUAAAUCAGACUAGAUUUUUUUCAUGAAUUGUCCAUGUGUCUUAUUCCUUUUUUUUUGUAUUAAUUUUCUACUUAGUCAAAUAAAAUGAGAUUAUGUGUCA